AUGGCCACGUUUGCCGCCCACGUGCUGAAGGGCCAACCACCGGAGUACGGAUUUCUUCGCCGCAAGCUCAAAAUUUCCAGCCCUGACAUGACGGUGGAACCCGUGUGUAGCGAGGUGUUGAUGGAGGAGCAGACUCUCUCCAUCGAAGAGAGUUACAAGCAGAUCACCAGCGAUGCAUCUGCUUUCUUGGGCGCUGUCAACACCAUCGUGGCUACAACGGGGGUCAACGGGAAGGAAGGCAAAGGGGGAAGGGAGCAGACGGACAAGAAGAAGGAUGGAAAGCGGGAGAAGAAGCGAGCCCCCUUCAAGGGGCGCUGCUACAACUGCAAUGAGGAGGGGCACAUGGCUGCCAAGUGCCCCAACAAGAAGAAAGAUACAACGCCCGCGGCAGCCGCGAACGUAGCUGAAGGAGACGGGAAGGGCGUGGCGCUCACCGUUGCGUGUUCGGCUGCAAAGUUCCUUGACUCAGGAUGCUCCCAACACAUGACCGGCCGCAAGGAGUGGUUCACGGUGAUCCGUGACCCAUCCGCAACGAAAUCAGUCAAAGGGUUUGAUGGUUCUAUGCAGGAAGUUGCCGGUGUUGGUGAGCUCUUGGACAAGGGAGCAAAGCUGCAAACCGAGGAAGGUGUCACUUGCAUCAUCGCAUCAGGAGGUCAAGUGGCUGCAACGGCACGAUACCGCCAUCGCCUUCACUGCCUUGACCUUAAACCAGGGCCAGCAAGGAACGGUGCAGCGGCUGCAGCGGCAUGCAAUGGCACGGCGGCUGCAGCGGCAUGCACCAAUAUGGCGGGUGGAGCGGCGAGCUACAGCACAGGGGCUGCAGCAGCAUGCAACGGCACGGCGGCUGCAGCGGCAAGCAAUGGCACGGCAGCUACAGCGGCAUGCAAUGACACGGCGGCUGAGGUGGCAUGCAACGGAAUGCCUAAGGCAUUUGCUGAGUGGACAGCCACAAACAGUGGCAUGCUAGGCAUGGACCUAGAGAAAGGAGGGGAGGACACGUCGAGCGCCUCCUCCCAAGAAGCCAAACUCACUCAUCAAACGCUUCCGCUGCCUGACGAGCGAGAGGGGGAGGUUCUUGGGAUGGUCCAUGGCCUUGGGCAGAAUCAACCGCCGUCACGUACCGUCAUCAUAAUCCCAGUGCCGUCCGUGCAAGGGGGCGAACAACCGUUUGAUCGUCCGGUUGACCCUGCGGGCAGCAACGCAACCAUGGCUCCGCCAGCUCUCUGUCCAUCCUUAGCUGCUGACUUGGCACCUGUGGGACCAGAGGUUGGUCCCUCUGCGGAUGAAAGUUGUGCAGCUGAUGAAGAUAAGGAAGGAGAGGCAACGGACCUGAAAUCAGCGGCAACUCAUGGGAAGGACCCCAUACCCACGGUUCCGCCCCUCCAGCCCACUCCCCCACACCCAUGUCAUUCUAGCAGGUCCAACAAGGGCAUGCCACCUGUUUGGCUUCCCGCAUCCACCAUGACGGCCUCGGAUGCGGUUGAUGGCAACAACAUGUACGGCAUUGCAUUCCUUGCAGGAGGUGCUUAUGGCACAGACAUCUACUAUGAUGUGGAGUACUUGGAUGAGGCUGAUGAGGAGGAAGGGGGAUUGAGGAGCAUCAUCGUCAACCUCGGAGUAACCUUGACCGGACCUGAAGGCAUGGUGGUGGACAAAGGUCUCCUCGUGGUGGAAUACAUGUCAUCCACGGAAGGCUAUCUUGGUCUGCAGAUUGUGCGCGACCACCCCAACAAAACACUCCUCCUUCACCAGAAUGCGUACGUGGCAAAGGUGCAGCAGCGGUUCUUCAAGGGGGCGCCACCAAAGAAGCAGCCGAUCACUCCUCUCUCCUCUGCCAGCUUUGCCAAGCAGGAUGCCGGGCAGUUUGCCAACCGUACCAUGAGCGAGUACUUGUCAAUUCUCGGCAUGGACCGAUGCGCAUUGGCAUGA